CGCAAUGAGUUGUGGGUUUCCUGUAUGGACAAGAAUCGAAUAGUUCCAUCGCGGAAUGUAGUGGAACGGUUAUAAACCUUUGUUAUUACUCUUGUACUGGAUCGAUCGCCGUGAUUCUUUGCUGUAUGAAACAUUAUGGAGUGGGGAAAUGAGUUAUGGGACCAGUUUGAAUUAAUUGGAAGUCAUACUCUAUCUGGGAUUGAUUUUGUGGAUAAAGUUGCCAAGUUCGUGAAAGAAAGAAUACGAAUCGAAGCAGAAUAUGCCAAGGAAUUAAGAAAACUUGGAAAGUCUUUUCAGCCUAAGAAGAAAGAGGAAGAGGACCAAAAAUUUUCAUUUCAACUUUCUUUUAAUGGAGUCGUGAAGGAGACUGAUGAUCUAGCCGGGCAGCAUGAGUUGAUUUCUGAAAAUCUGAAUACCAAUGUUUACAAAAUUCUUCAGCAACUUCAUACAGAUCUCAAAAAGGAAAGAAAAGAGCAUUUAGCAGAGGCAAAGAAGGUGCAAGAUACUUUGGACCAGUCCCUGAAGGCACUUGAUGCACAAUUGCAAAGUAUGGAGGAAAACAGAAUAGCUAAAAUAGGAUCAUUACUGACAGAAUAUUCAGAUAUCCAUUGUUCAGUUAUGUCCAUUAUACAAACAUGUCUAAACAACAUGAAAUCAAAUGCAGCAUCAGUUGAUGGACCCAAGGACUCACAAAAACUGAUUGAAGAACACCGUACAGCCCUCAAGCCACCUGGGGACAUAGUGUUUGAAGAAUAUGGAAAAAGCACUCCUCAAACUCCACACCCUAAAGAAAAGAAAAAGAAAUUGAAAAUUAAAUCAAAAUCACUGUUUAGCAAAUCUAAAAAGUCUGACACUGAGGAUGGCAAUGAUUUCAACACUCUGUCACCAGGCGAGCAAGCUAGAAUUUGUAAGAACAAAAUCAAAAGUUUAGAUCCUCAGGUUCAACAGUUGAAGUCUGCAAGGGAAGCCAUGGAAAAGAUGACAGGCGUGUACCUUCAGAACCCUUCUCUCGGUGAUCCAGCAUCCAUGGAGGAAGAGCUUAAAGGAAAUGCCAAAGAACUGGAUAAAUAUAGUCAGGAAUUGUUCAAGUAUCAGUCGUACUUAGCCAUAAUAGAACAAACACCUGCUCCUGCUCCUCCACCGUGCUAUUCGAAGCCCUCAAAUGUGCAGCCUCCGCCAGCCCCAUCAGAUCAACUCCCACCUCCAGCACCUAGUAUAUUGGUUCCCCCUGUCGAAGAACCUGAAGAAGAUAACGAAUUUGAUGACGGGGAGAGGUGUAGAGUGUUGUAUGACUUUGAAGGUACUAAUGAUGGAGAGCUCCCCGUACAUGAAAAUGAAGAGCUAAUCGUCACCGAAGCUGACAACGACGGUAGUGGAUGGACCAAAGUCACCAACGGCACGGACGAAGGAUACGUACCGACGGCGUACGUAAUGAUAAUAGAAUAAAUACCUACUACACUUCUAACUUUAAAAAAAUAAUUAACGAAUAGCCAAGUUGCUGUGUUCGUGAGAAACGAAACUGAAGCUGUUUCGAAAGCCUUGCGCCAACAAAGUUAACGAAGUUUGAAGAGAAAAAAUUAAUUUUUUCAAACAUUAUGUUAUUUUAAAGAUUAAUAUACUGGUAGGAAAAUUCGGUCGAAAAACGUUUUGGCAUUUGAAGUGAAAUGCGAGAAUCUUAAAUUUAAGUUUAAUCUUAAAUUAAAGCUGGUAAUUUUUUAUUUGA